CAGCCUGCAGUGCCCGGGCCCGGUGAGACAGUAGCCAGCCCUCGUCUGGCCACCAGCCCGAAAUGGCUUCCGAGAGACACCCUGGCCCGGGAGGUGCCCAGUGCUGGGCCCGGGGAGGGACCUCACCCAGAGUGAUUGGACCAGAGAAACUGGCCAGAGCCCGAGGUGGAGCUGGGCCCAGUGACGCUCCCUGGGGACCCGGCCAGCCCAGCCAGCGGGGGAGGCUUCCGUGCAAAAGGCCUCGGGAGGCUUCUCUGGGCUCCAGGAGCCUGGGCACCAGGAGGCCCUGCAAGUGGCCCGGGGCGGGUGCCGCCCACAGCCCUGCCCGCUCACCAGGCGGCCUCACAAGCAGUGCCCGCAGCUCACCUGCUGGCACCGGCUCUGUGCGCGUGGUUCUAGCGGCACCAGAAAGCCAUCGUCCUUCCAACACUGACCUGCUCCCGACUCAGGACCCCCUCCGUCGCCCCUCAGCAAGUCCCAUGGGAGGACCGGAGCAGGGUGUGGAGAUGGGGCAGCCCCCAGGCCCCCCCAGUGCCCCGGCCCCCAUGGGCACCACGGCUGAAUCCGGGCUCAUUCCGGACCUCGUUGCCAGGAUUCCCUGGCCCCGAUGGGCACUGGUGGCCAUCGCUGUCGCCACCGCCAUCCUCACUGCUUCCUGCCUCCUCUGCGUCGUCUGCUGCUGCUGUCGCCGAGCCCGCAGGAGGAAGCCCCGAGACAAAGAGGCCGUGGGCCUGGGCAGUGUCCGGGGCGCCACCACCACCCACCUGGUGCAGCCGGAGGUGGACGAUGUGGAGUCCGGCCCGGGGGGAGCCCAGCAGUGGGGGCGCCUGCAGCUCUCCCUGGAGUACGACUUUGGAAGCCAGGAGAUCCAGGUGGGCCUCAAGCAGGCAGUGGACCUGAGGGCCAGGGGCCCGGGGGGCACAGCGGACCCCUACGCCCGCAUCAGCCUGUCCACCCAGGCCGGGACGGUGGUCAUGCUGGAGGCCCGGGGCCUGAGCCUGGAGCUGGCAGAGCCCUACGUGAAGGUCCAGCUCAUGCUGAACCGGAGGAAGUGGAAGACGAGAAGGACGUCUGCCCGGAAGGGCACGGCCGCCCCCUACUUCAACGAGGCUUUCACCUUCCUCGUGCCCUUCAGCCAGAUCCAGAGUGUGGACCUGGUGCUGGCCAUC